AUGGCGGCCGCCGUCCAGAACCCCAUCCUCAACUCUCCCAUGGCAGUCGUGGAGAAUGUCGUGUCCGCCGCCAACGGCACGUCCACACGCGAUGCGGGAGGCGUCCUCGCAGCCGCCGUCGCCGGCUUCCAGGAGGCGCCAAUCCGCUACACCGUCUCGACGCUCCUCGUAACCAUUCUCGUGUACCUCUACCGCAAGUCCAUUCCCGAGCUUGACGCCAAGGAACCACCGGUCAUGCUGCCUCGGAUACCGUUCAUCGGACACCUUGUGGGCAUGAUUCGAAACCAGGCCGAAUACUACACAAGCUUGCACAAGAAGACGGGCGCCGCCAUCGCCACACUCCCCAUUCUCGGCGGCAAGACGUAUGCCAUAUGGGACCCGGCCCUCGUCCAAUCUGCUUUGCGCCAGAAGACGCUCUCCUUUGAGCCCUUUGCCGUCGACUUCCUCCAGACCAUGCUGGGCAUGAAGGAGGAUUCGUAUCGGGCAUUUCGCGAAAAGCCUGAGCUCGUCAUCGAGUUCUUUGACGCCCUGCACUUCACCGUCCGCGGCGAGCCCCUGCAUCGCAUGAACGCCAAUGCUCUCAACUACAUUUCGUCUCGUCUCGACGCCAUGAAGGGUACCCGCAAGAUCCCUGUCGACAACUUCUACCUCUGGCUCAGGGAGCUCAUGACUAUGGCCACCACCACGGCGCUCAUGGGUGAUAAGAAUCCCCUGCUGCACGAUGGGAAGCUCGUGGACGACCUUUGGUGUUGGGAGAACGCAAUCCCGAAGAUGCUCAUUACCCCUUGGCACUCAGUGACCAAUGCAGACGCCUUCCGCUCUCGCGAAAAGUUGCAAAAGGCGUUGGGCGACUACUAUGCUGACCGCGGCGACCACCACGAGUCUGCUGCCGCCGUCACCAGCGCCCGCGCCGCCGUUUUGCGCAAGUACGGCUUGCCCGACAGCGAGAUUGGCCGGUUCGAGGCCAGCCUGCUGCAGCUCGCCACGGGAAACACUGUCCCUACCACUUUCUGGAUGGUCGCCAAUGUCUUCACUCGCUUCGACGUCGUCGAGCGCCUCCGCACCGAGCUCGAACCCCUUGCUCAGCGCAAGGAGGGCAGCAACAUUGUCACGAUUAACAUCACAAAGUUCGAUGAGACGUGUCCCCUCCUCGUCAGCUGCUACCGUGAAUCUAUCCGCCUCUCGAACCACGCACUUUGCGUCCGUCGCGUCAUGGAAGAGACGGUCAUCUCUAAUGGUAAAGGCGAUUCGUUCUUGCUCAAAAAGGGCUCCGACGUGCAGAUCCCGGCCGGAUUCACGCACCGAACGGAGGAAGUCUGGGGCGCCAACGCGGCCGAGUAUGAGGCCGACCGUUUUGUUGGUCGCCAGGCCAAGCUCUCCGCGCAAGCUGAGAAGAACAAGCGCAACUCAUACAUCCCAUUUGGCGGUGGCAAGCACCUCUGCCCUGGCCGCAACUUUGCCUUUGCGGAGAUUCUUGGUACUGCUGCCGCCCUGAUCCUGGCUUUCGACAUGUCUUCCGAUGGUAACGGCGCUCCGGUCAAGCUCCCCGAGAUGGCUACGACUACCAUCAUGGGCGGGGCUUCCAAGCCGGACAAGCAAGGGGAGGGAAUGAACCUGGUAAUCAGGCGGCGGCCAGGCUGGGAAAACGUCAAGUUCGAAUUCGAGGUUGUCGGCAGCGCACAACCAUAG